UCAUGGCUGAGCCCCAGGAGCAGCUGCUGCAGCUGCAGAAGGACAACCGGGACGGGCGACUGCGGAAGCAGGAGCUGGAGGAACUGGUGCGCGGGCUGGAGGCCGAGAGCGAGAGCCUCACCGCGCGCCUCCAGGACCUGCGCGAGCACGAGCGCAGUCUGCAGCGGAGGCGCAGCCAAGCGACGCGGGCGCUACGAGGGGAAGCGCGGGAGGCGGCGCGGGAGCGCGUGGAGCGGGUUCGGGGACUGCUGGAGGAGGAGGAGCGGCGCAAACAAGAUCUGGAGCUUCACAACCAGAUGCUGCAGGAGCAGUGGGAGGAGCUGUCCAGUCAGCUCUUUUACUACGGAGGCGAACAGCUGAGCCAGCAGCGCGCGGAGCAACAACUAGGGACCCAACUGGUAGCGUUGCAGAAACAGCUGGAGUUGGCGGAGGCCAAGUAUACCAGGCAAGCUGAAGCCUUGCAGCAGGGCGCACAGCGGACCGAAGAGGCGUGGGCCAGCUUCCAGGAGCAGAGCGGGGUUUUGCAGGAGCUGCAGGGGAAGGUGAUGGAGGCGGCGGCUGCGCUGGAGGCUUCGCGAGGAGGCCCGGAAGUGUGGAGCUCGCAGCCCCGUCGGGCGCAGGCCUGUACCGGCUCGCUCAUGGAAGAGGUGGCCAGGGCGGACUGCGAGAAGCGACUGCUAGGCGUGGGGAGCAUCAGGCUGUGGGCACUGAGCGCGCUGCAGACACUGCUGCUGCUCCCACUCGGUUUCCUGGCGCUGCCGCUGCUCUACAUGGUGCUGACGAGGCCCGACUUGCCGGGCCUCCCGCACCUCAGCUCGGAGGUCGCCUUCCGACGGCUGCGCUACACGCUGUCCCCGCUGCUCGAACUGCGCGUGCGCGGUCUGCUGCCUGCCUAA